AUGUCUGACCUCACCCACCAGGUGCUCCCAAUGGCCACUAACACUACGACUUCUGCAGUCUCCUCUCAAAAAAUGGUUAUCAUCCGGCCGUUGGCCUUAAGCCUCCUCUCUGUGGCGCUGGCUCUGGGACUCCCUGGGAACCUUUUUGUAGUGUGGAGCAUCCUGGUAAAGAUGCGCAAGCGAUCGGUCACUGCUCUGCUGGUGCUGAACCUGGCUGUCGCUGACCUGAUGGUACUGCUCACCGCACCGUUCUUCCUGGACUUCCUGAGGACGCGUACCUGGAACUUCAAGUACUUCGGUUGCAUCCUGUGCCAUUACGUCUGUGCCGUCAGCAUGUAUGCCAGCAUCUUGCUCAUCACCACCAUGAGUGUGGACCGCUCUCUGGCAGUGGCCCGGCCCUUCCUUUCCCAGAAGCUGCGCACCAAGGCCAUGGCAAGGCGGGUGCUGGCUGGCAUCUGGGUGGUGUCGUUGCUCUUGGCUACACCGGUCAUCCGCUACCGCACGGUGAUCAUGAUCACAAACAGGACCGUGAUAUGCCAGGAGCACUACGACGAGAACGGUCACAAGGCUUUCCACCUGCUCUUCGAGGCCUUCACUGGCUUCCUUCUGCCCUUCGCGGUCAUUGUGGCCAGCUACUCAGACAUCGGGCGGCGGCUGCAGGCGCGGCAGUUUCGCCGCAGCCGCCGCACGGGCCGCCUGGUGGUUCUCAUCAUCUUGGCCUUUGCCGUCUUCUGGCUGCCCUACCAUUUGGUGAACUUGGCCGAAGCGGGCCGCGCGAUCGCCGGCUGGUCUCUGCAGUCUUCGGAGCCGGUGGACGUGGGGCUGAAUUUGGCCCGCAAGGUGCUCAUCGCGCUGGCCUACCUGAGCAGCAGCAUCAACCCCGUGCUCUACGCCUGUGCGGGCGGCGGCCUGCUGCGCUCUGCCGGCGUGGGCUUCGUGGCCAAACUGCUAGAAGGCACCGGCUCCGAGAUGUCCAGCAUCCGCCGCGCUGGCACCCUAGGAGGCCAAACGAUGCGGGGUACACCGCUGGCAGCUGAGGAGUCGGGCACCCAGGAGAGCUCCGCGACGCCCCCGACUCUCGUUGACCCUCCAGAGUGA